AUUGCACGAGAAAGAGGGGGCUGGUCCGAGAGUUUCCUGAUCCUCUCCGUCUAGCCUCGGUCUGACCGGACAGGCGAAAAACACUUUGGGAUUUCCAGAACAAAAGCGACAACGGAGAAUACAGACCAGCUGAAGUGGCGUCUCCACAAACAACCCUGAGAGAAAUUCAAGCGUCUGUGGCAAUAGAGGUGUGACAUCUCUGAUGGCGACGCACAGUGUCCAUGACCUGAAAAUUAUCUCUCCAAGAGGGGUGGCAGUAAAAAGGCAAGAUGGAACCUUCACCAGCUCAAAGCAGCAAAAAUCACCAUACCAACACAAUUCCGAUAGAAAGGAACAUGCAAGUGCCUCCAAUCACAGACCAAGAGAGAGCAAUGGCACCACCGCAGCAAGCUUUAGCACUAACAAUAACUCUGUAGUAUGUCUUCCUUUGGUGUCUGAAGGACUGAAGCUAGUGUGGACACAGUCUGAUCAAACACGUGAGCUGGAUAGCAUUCCUGAACUUGUUCAGGCCUUUAACAUCUUUCCCUACCCAACAUCUCAAGAGGUCAGCACUCUUGCACGUGUGUGCACUCUUCCAUUAGAUAAAGUCAAAGUGUGGUUCAUGGUGCAACGCAUCAAGUAUGGAAUCAGCUGGGCUUCAGAGGACAUUGAAGAGACACGGCUCAAGCUGGCCAGGCCAGAGCAAAAAACUGAGACUGAACAUAAAGAGAGCAGUACUAAGAGGAAAAAUGAUAGUAAGGAUUUUACAGAGGUAGAAGAUCUAGCACAAAGUCCACAAAUGCCUCGCAAAAGACCUAAAACUGAAAGUACAGAACCAGCAAAGCUCUCUCCUGCUCCCUCACGUUUCCGUUCAUCGCUCCCUCCACCUCAGGAUUCAUACUACUACCGACAACCAGUAGAAAUACCAGAGACGCCUCAAGCAGCUACCCCCCCUACAGCUACAGAGUCUCCAGUUGUAUCUGAGCAGCCACGGCAUAGCCGCUACAAAAAGUCCAAAGCCCAGUUAACUGCUCUGCGUAAGAGUUUUCUACAGGAGAACUGGCCUGAUGAGACUGAGCUUCAGCGCUUACAAGAUGAGACAAGCCUAACUCGUAAUGAGAUUCGAAAAUGGUUUAGUGACAGUCGCUACCAGCUACGGAUGGGUAGGGGGUUGCAAAUGUCCCUCCCUGCUACUCAAGGAGAAAAAGAUGAUCCCAACUGCAGCCUGUCACCACAGUCUCAGGAGGCUCAGCCACUUUCUCUCACUACUAAAAAGCAAACUACGCAGCAUGUUGACAACAAAGGCAAGGAAAAGACUUGUGUCAAAGGAUCGCGAAGGAAUCGGCCAAAGACCUCCCAGUUUUUCCAGCUUUUCCUGUCUAACACACUUGAGUCAUUUGAAGAAGGAACAAUAAGAGUGGAUGAGGAGAAAUGUUCAGAAGAAAGUGAGACGCAGAACAAUGAUGAAGUUGCAAGUGAACAGGAAAGUGAGGGACAUUGUGUGGCAACACCAGAGCCAGCAGCACCCACUUCCUCCUCCUCUCCUCCGUCCAUCACCCCAUCCAAGAAACACACAGCCAGGUCAUCAAAAUCUGCACGCAAAUCAAACUCUUUGAAUACCUCCUUAAACCUCCCAGACAACUCGUCUCCUUCUUCAGUAUUAACAGUGGCUGGACGACCAAGGAAAACAAAGGAGCAACUGACCAUCCUGAAGGAGUACUUCCAGCACUGCCCAUGGCCAAAAAGUGGCGAAUACACAGAGGUAGUGGAACUAACAUCUUUGCCUCGUGCUGAUGUUAUCCAGUGGUUUGGGGACACUCGUUACGCUGUAAAAAAUGGCCAUGUACGUUGGGUGCAUGCUGACGUACGUGAGCAAGUGCUUGCUGAGAUAGCAAUGUUACAAAGUGGAGCUGCCGAUGGCAGUGGAACCCCAGGAAGUGAAGGCAACAGGAAACGUAAGUCACAAGGGAAUGGCACACCAAAAACACAAAAGUCUGCUGCAGAUUCUGUAGAUGUGAGUCCAUUAGAGCUAUAUUUUCGACAGACAGGACCACUGCAAGAGAAAGACCUUGACAAUCUCUGCCGAAAGUCAAAAAUGAGUUACCAACAGGUGCGAGACUGGUUUGCAUCUAAAGACAGUACAACACUGGACACAGAGCUCACUGUUGCUGAUUGAUUAAUAUAAAAGAGAAAACUCUUUGUGCUCAUGUCUGUUAAUCUGCUGUGGGUCCUGUAAUCAGGCAAGGUUGUUUUGAAGACACAGUAUAAAUUAUCUUCAUACAAUACUGUUUUUUGUUAAAAAACUAGCAUGUGAAGUAUUUUCUUUAAUACCUAUUAAAUAUUUUGUUACUUUUGUUAACUUGUUCAACCAACGAUAUUGAUAAUUCAAAAUGUACUUUUGGUCGUUGUAAACUGUUCAACCACAUUAAUUACUAAGUAUUGUGAAUCUGUUGGAGUCAUAUUUACACUGGCUGUUCCUCUAAUUCCUUUCAUUGUGUUGAUGGUAUUAUUGUUUAGAGCCUUAACUGCUGCUGCUUAGAACUGAUAUUAUCCUCAGACUUUUUUCUUUUUUUUUUCAGUAACUUUGGCUUGGUUAUCUAUUAGGUACUGUAGUGUAGUUGUUUGGACCAGUAGCAAUGCAAGAUUGUUUUUGUCAAUUUUUUUUUUUUUAAAUCUUAGAAGAUUCAUAUGGCACUGUAUAUUGAUAAUCUCUCAAAAUAAUUAACCUAAAUUUAGGAUAUGUAAAACCUGCCCCAUUAUCUUUCUUUAUUAUUCCGCACUUAGGAGUUAUAUGGAUCAAUUUCUCUAAUUCUGCUACUUCAUAAUGAAAAAGCAUUUCAAUUCAAAGACAUCCCUCCUCCACUACAGAUCUGCUCAGUAUCCAGGGAAAAGACAACAAAAGCCAUGGUUUUUGUAAAAUCUUGUGCCUUAUUGUCUGCAAAUUUCAGGCAGUCGAAACAAUGCAUUGAAUUAAAAUGACUAAUUAUGUUUGA